GGCCCGGAACAAUAGGGCUUUUGCUCUUCCGUGUCCUCCAUCCCUGCUUUGUUGUUUUCAAGCCUAAAACGGCAACAGCAUCCUUGCACAGCUUCCUCGCUGCCUACGAUCACCGCAAUCGCACGGGCUGCCUAAGAUCACUGCUUAGGAUUUUCAAUUGCUCUUCAUUGCAAUCGUUUGCUCACGUGCUCGUUGGUGAAUGUGGUGCUCUGCUUAUGAGAGCCGGAGUGCACCAUCGAACCGUUCCUUUUGUGUGCGGAAAGUAGCUGAAGAUUGGAGUGAGGAGACGGAGAGUGAGAGAGAGAGAGAGAGAGAGAGAGCGAGAGGGGGCGGAGUUGGCUCCGAUGGUGACGGUGAUACGUUUCAAGCAUUGAUUAGUUGCUUUGUUCGACCAUGGACCUACUUCGAUUGCGAUUUCUUGACAUCGCCGCUCGCUCUGCUUGUACCUGCUUGCCUUCCAUGCAGUUCAUGAAGUGGCAGGGAGCUUCAGCAUGGCCGCGGCGCUCCACCACAAGAUGAUAGGAACAUACUUCUCUUUUCCACAUCCCUCGUGAUACUGGUCAUGGGAUAGCUACAGUCGCACAAAGGCUGGAGAAUAACUGGGGAGACGUUAAAAUUGGAAUCUGGAAAGUAGUGUUGGGAGAAACCACCCAGGUUUUUGCUGAGUUUCUGGCAAAAUGGUUGAGGAUUUGCUUUCGAUGAGUGAAGUGGUGGGAAUGGCGUUCAUAGCUUGACGUGACUUAGAAGAAGUCUCACAGCAAUGGCAGCGAAGGCUGCGAUGGAUGCAGCCCGACUUGCUGCAGUCAUGGUUCGCGUGCACGGCCCUGAUCCAAAGGGACGAAAAAUGCGUCGGCAUGCCUUUUUUCAUUCUGAGUCUGGUGACACUACUUUGUCUGCUUCGGGCUUUCUCGUUCCUUGUGUUAUGAACAUGAAGAAACCUGGAAGUACGGCCUUAGGUCAGGCGGAUCUGUACGAGACUACCUCGUCUGAACCCUCUGUGGUUGUCAUCACCUGUGCAUCUAUCGUAGAGCCAUUUCUUGCUCCGAAAUCACAUGGAAUUUCAUCGCGAGAGGAUUUUCCCAAGUUGAUCCGUGGGGCGGAAGUUGACAUUCUGGUGGAGGUGCCAGACCUUUCUGAAAAGGGCUCGGGUUAUUCUGGAGAGCAUUCAGUUUGCUGGCUGCCGGGUCAGCUACUCGCAGUGGUUGACGUGCCAGCAGCAGGAGCUGCCCUUCAAGAUUUGCUGGAUGUGCAUGGUGGCAGUGUGAAAGGUGUGUGGGAGGUGGGCUGGGCCCUAGCUCCUGUGGAAGACAACGCCCAGCAACUGCAUAGUCUCCUCACUUCAGAGAUUUUAACAGAAACGCAACUUCAGGAGGAUGUGGCUUCGCAGCAUGACCUCAAAGGGGAUAAGAGGCCCGUGGCACAUGCUGUAGCUGGUGUGAGUAGAUUAGGAAUGGCUGCUGCUGCGGCAACAAAAAUUGCAGUUCUUAGCGUUGGCUCACAUGGCGACAGCUCUGCUCUGAACACCUGUCUCAAAAAGCGUCAUCAACUUUCAAAGGUUUCCAAUGGCCUUUCCAAGAUGCCCACUGGUCAUGUCAUAGCUGAACAGAAAAGGCGAGGAGAUUCUCUGAUAGCUGUUGGCUCUCCGUUUGGGGCGUUAUCGCCUUUGCACUUUCAAAACAGCGUAUCUGUUGGAAUUGUGUCGAACCUGUGGCCUCCUACAAGAGGCCCACCUUCUCUGUUGAUGGCAGAUGUGAGAUGUCUUCCUGGGAUGGAAGGUGGUCCGGUCUUUGAUGAGCGAGGGAAUCUUGUGGGUAUGCUCACACGACCAUUGAGACAGCGAGGUGGUGCUGCUGAAGUGCAGCUGGUUAUGACAACAGAUGUUUUAUUGCCUGUUCUUCAACGUGUCGGAAUAAACGUUGGUGUUUUAUGCAAUACUAAGUCGCCAGAUGUUCAACUUCAGCCGUCUGCAUCUGCUAUGCUCGUUGAAAAUUCUUCAUUUGAAACUCAGCCUUGUCGACCCGGGAGUAUUGAAAGUCAUUCAACUUAUCAAGCUAUGCAGUAUGUUCCAUCAGCUGUGGAGCGUGCAGUAACCUCAGUGGUUCUCAUUACUAUUGGAGAUGGGGCAUGGGCUUCAGGCGUUAUCUUGAAUAAAACCGGGCUGAUACUUACAAAUGCACAUCUGCUUGAACCUUGGCGAUUUGGCAAACCCAGGAUGGUUCCAUCACCUGUGAAUGGAAGCAUCCCCAAAGACAGUGGUUUUCCACUUAGUUGUGAUGAGUCUCAAGAGGACCUUGCGCUGAAUCAGUUACAAGAGGAAGAAAUAUCCAAGGGAGUUUCUACUUCUAGAACAAGCUCGUGGCCAACUGAUGUGUCUCAAAAAAAUUAUCAGCGUAUCAGAGUUCGAUUGGACCAUCGACAGCCACGAUCAUGGCAUGCAGCCCGGCCUGUCUAUGUUUCCCAAGGUCCGCUUGAUAUAGCACUGUUGCAGCUCGAAUCGCCACCGCCUGGUCUUCAUCCAAUUACUCCCGACAAGGAAUGUCCAACUCCGGGAUCUACAGCUGUGGUAUUGGGUCAUGGGUUAUUUGGACCUCGCUCGGAGUUGCGGCCAUCCGUUAGUGCUGGAGUUGUUGCUAGAGUUGUGAAGGCAGGUAGUAGUCCUUUCCUUACUGGGAUAGGAGGCAGGAAGGAAGGGAAAGCCUCCAAAGCUGCAAUGUUACAGACCACAGCUGCUGUACAUCCAGGUGGCAGUGGAGGAGCUGUUGUGAGUGGUGAAGGUCACAUGAUAGGGUUGGUGACAAGUAAUGCAAGGCACAGUGGAGGGACUGUCAUCCCUUUCCUCAAUUUCAGUGUUCCUUAUGCAGCACUGGUUCCAGUUUUUGAGUUCGCCUCCUCGGCUGAUUCUGAUUGGAGUCGUCUGGAAGAGCUUGAUAAACCUAAUGAUCAACUGGCUGCUGUAUGGGCACUUGUGCCACCUACUCCCCCGCGCCCAUCCCCUCCGCCUUUCUUCAGGCGACACCCACGUGUACCUGUUUCUCAGGAGAUAGAUCCGGACAAGGGUGUACCGAAAGGUUCCCGCUUUGCUGAAUUUAUUAAAGAGAAGGGAGGACUUGAUUGGAAAUCGCCAAAAUCAUUGCCGCCACCAUUGCCAGAAGAAUCACCCCAUCGGGGAUCUCCACCCUGUCAUUAUGAAGAACCCAGUUACGCUGCUCGGGCUUCUUUCCCAAUCCAUAGUCGGCUUUGAAAUAUGGUGGUACGACACAUCUUGCGGGAUAUGUAGGUUGCCCCAUGAAAGAAUGCUAUGUGGCAUGCAAGGAUUUCCAACUUCAAUGAUGAACAAGAAUACUUGGGGAAUGUAGCGUGGUAGAAGUGAGUGUUGAGGUUUGUACCCAAAGAAUUGUUAGUUGCGUGUGUGGAAAUGUUUGGGAUGAUGCAUCAUGGCAACCAUUGGGAAGGUUGGAUGUGUUCGCAUUAAUGCCGUGAUUGUCUGCAAAAGCUGUUUGAGUUUCAAUCAGAAACAGGGCGUGUUUUGUUGGAUGAGCCAAGUGCCUAUCAAAUCCCUUGAACUAUGUUACUUAGCUGAAAAAAAGGGUAAAAACAAGUGGAUGAUGUUUUCUUUUUGUUUUUUUUCCCUUCUACUGACAAGAACAUGGCGGGUUGGAGCAUUUAACCUGGUAAA